GGGCACAAGACAGCCAAGAGGCAGAGAGGCAGCAGUGACUUGAGCACCAGAGGGGAAGGCUGGUGCCGCCGUCCUUCACUUUGGGACCAGAUGAAAUGGGGUCAGGGGGGAGCAGUGUGGUGUCACCGGUUGGGGUCAGCACAGACAGCUCAAAAGCAGCAGCACCUGGGGUCACGCCAGGAAAUGACACAGAGAAAUCCUGGCCUUUGUCCCACGUGGCACCAAUUCCCUUUUAGGUACCACUGCAGCGAGUGCUGGCUGAGACCUGGGCAGGGAUUUCUUUUUUACUCAUGAUAAAUGUUUUUAUUUCUGGUAUAAUGCCAUUUUAAGCCAGCUGUGACGUAGCUGGAUGAUAACAUCACUGGCACCCAUCAAUCUUCUCUCCUUUGGGCCACAGAGUGAGAGUUGGGGGCCAGGCUUGGUCUCUGCCCCCUCCAUCAGCAAGGAGCACCAUGAACCAGAGCUGCCAUUCCCAGGUAAUGUCCUGCUCACCCUAUUUCUCCUUACGCCAAGAGAAGCUCCUCAAGAAGCUGCAGGCUGAGAAAGCCUUCCGAGAGGAGGUUCAGGGCUUUCAGAAGACAAUGAAGAACUUUCGGGAGAAGAUCAAGGCGUUUCGGGAAAAAAUCGGAGCUUUCAAGAUGGCCAUCCAAGCCUUCUGGGAGGAGGAAAAGCCCAUCUGGGAGGAGGAAGCUGCCUUUUUGGAGGAAGAAAAUGCUUUUCAGGAGGAAUCAGAAACCUUCUGGAGGGAGUAUUGUGACUUCUGGAAGCACUCGAAUGCAUUCUGGAAGAAGGAUGCAGAUUUCUGGAAAGAAGAUCAGCUCCUCUGGGAGGAAGACAAAGUCCUUCUGGAUGAGGACAGAGUCCUAUGGGAAGAAGAAAAAGCCCUGUGGGCAGACGAAAAAGCUCUCCUGGAAGAGGAGAGAGCAGUCUGGAAAGAUGAGGAAGCACUCCGUGAAGAUGAAAAAACCCUUGAGGAGGAUAAGAUAUUGAUCUGGCAGGAGGCCUUUGGUCCCGACAGAGAGGACGGGCUGCUCCUGGCUGUCGCUGGGGUUGGUUCCUGGGGUGUUGCUGCCUGCAGAGGAAGAGCGUAAAUUGUUCUGCUAGGCUUGGAAGCAUGAAAGCCACACAUAUGGGCAUUUAUUUAACAGUGCUGCACUUCAACCACUUCUCUGAAAUAACAUCUCUUCAUAUAUGUGUAAAUAUGAGUAGUUUGUUUGCUUGUUUGUUGCUGCUAUUUGCUUUAAAGCCAUUGCACAUGUUUUCAGGACAUCAUUUGUUCUUUCGAGGUCUUGCAGUCUGAGCAACGGGUGGGUAAAGCCAUGAGGUGAGGGUUUCAU